AGAGAUCGAUUAGAAUAGGCGUGAAAUUCAGCUUCUUCAAAAAAGGGACAUUGGUCUUCCUGACACGUACCAGUCUUUUAUUUUUAUUUCUCAUCUACUAUGGACGAAGAGUCAAUCUUGUUUGGUAUUCGCAACCUUUUCAGUGUAGGCAACUACCAAACUGUUAUUAACGAAUCAAACUCAAGCCAUGGCUUAUUCUCUACUGAAGCCAAGCUUGAAGCACAAACCUUUUUAUACCGUUCCUACAUUGCCCAAGGCAAAUACAACUUGGUCAUCAACUUUACUGAACAUAGUGAAGAAGCGCCUCUGAAGGCUAUCAGAUUAUUAGCCGAGUUUUCGUCUAACAAGACUAACAGUGCAGAGUAUAUCACUAAAGCCAACGCUUUAUUGGAAGAAGGUGCUAACCGUAUUGAUCCUGUUGUUCAAGUAACUCUUGCUACUCUUUUCGUUCAAACAGGCCAACUUGAAGAUGCUUUAAGAACGCUUCAUUCGCGCCAAAAGAAAUUAGAAUGUUGCGCUUUGGCUGUUCAAAUCUAUCUCUUGAUGGAUCGAUUAGACUUGGCUAGAAAUGAAGUUGCUAGCGUCAAGUCUUGGGCUGAAGAUGCCUUAUUGUUACAAAUGAUGGAAGCUUGGGUUGAUCUUCGUGUGGGUGGUGAAAAAUAUCAAGAAGCAUUCUAUAUCUACGAAGAAUUUGGUCAAUCAAGCACAGCACAAACAGUCAAGGUGUUGAAUGGUCAAGCUGCUGCUAAUCUCACCUUGGGCAGAUAUCCUGAAGCAGAAAGCUUAUUAUUAGAGGCACAAAACAAGGACUCUAAUGAUCCAGAUACGAUUAUUAACAUGAUUAGUUGUGCUAUCUUAACUGCUAAACCCCAAGAUGUUGUUAACCGUUAUGUUGGUCAAUUGAGGGAGGCUGUUCCUGAACAUCCUUAUUUACAAGAUCUUGAUUUAAAGUCAAGCUUAUUUGAUCGUAGUGCUUCUCGCUAUGCCCUUGUUGAAUCUGCUUAAUAAAGCUCCAUUUGAUUGGCUAAAUGUUGUGACAGAUAUCUUCCUCCUAUU